AUGUCAACUCCCCUUAGGUUUCCAAAACUUGUUGCGUUUGAUUUAGACUAUACUCUAUGGGAUCUAUGGAUUGAUACGCAUAUCUCAGGCCCGCUGCAUAGGAAUCAAGACACCAUGAACGAGGUGUUGGAUCGGUACAACGACACGAUAUGUUUCUACACGCAGGUUCCGGGGAUCCUGCAUCGGCUGAAGGGGGAGGGAGUUGUGAUUGCUGCAUGUUCUAGGACACAUGCGCCUGCCCUCGCACGGCAAGCACUGUCGCUUCUUCUCGUCCCGCCGCCUGCGCCUGGUACCACCACCACCACCACCACCACCACCACCACCACCACCACAGCAGACGGGAACGAUGCCAAUUCGCCCACCGCGCAGCCUGCGAUCAAGUUCUUCGAUCAGUUGGAGAUCUACCCAGGCUCGAAGCUUACCCACUUUCGCAAGCUGCAUGCGAAGACUGGUUUGCCCUACUCUGAGAUGCUCUUCUACGACGACGAGCCUCGCAAUCGGGAGGUGGAGAACCUAGGCACGCGUAACGUUCUGCCUGGUCCCCGAAGGGGUGAACAACACGGUUUUCGAGAAGGGAUUAGCGAGAUGGAGACGCGUUCAUGCGGAACACUUGGAGCAUGGAGAAUGGAGAAUGAGGCGUAA